GUCAUGCAGAAUAAGGCAUUAAUAAGUACUUAAUAAUGACUAAUUAAGAGCCAAUAUGUUACUAAUUUGCAUGUUAAUAAGCAACUAAUUAAUGGUGAAUAUGUUCCCCAUACUAAAUAUACAUACAUACAUACAUAUCCUAAGUAACAAAGACUUAAUUUACAGUUAUUUGGUUAAGGUUAUAAUAAGGCCAUGCAGAAUAAUCCCUUAAUAAGUACUUAAUAAUGACUAAUUAAGAGCCUAUAUGUUACUAAUUUGCAUGUUAAUAAGCAACUAAUUAAUGGUGAAUAUGUUCCCCAUACUAAAGUGUUACCAGCAUUUUCUAUACUGCUGGAUUAAGUCCAAAUGAUGCAUUAAGAGUCACUCGGUAAAAGGAACCACUGUUUGGGGUAAUACAUAUGUACUUGUGCGUCCGUGGGUAUUGUGAUAUCUUGUCAAUUAUUUAAAAAUGAGUGUAUAUUUAUUUCACAUGAUUAACAGAUCAGCGUCAUUAUUGUGCAGUCCAUGCAUCGUGUAUGUGUUUAAUUAGAAAUGUACGUUUGAUGAAGAUAAACGUAUCAUCUAAAACAUGACGGUUUUUAGUUUUCUCUAUAUAGUCUCACGUUAUUUUUCCACACAGUUCCACAAAAUACGACGUGAAUCUAAACACAACAGCGCGCAUUUAGUUCCCAUCAUUUAAAAAUGCUGGAGUACAUUUUCCGACAGCCAGUGAAGGCACCAUGGGGCCUUGCAUGUACUUCCGGUAGCAGAAGCUCAGUCAGCUGUCACAAAGUGAGACAAGAGGAUCGUUCAGGCGAGGACAAAUAACACCAAAAUGUCUACUUUCCACACCGUGUUCAGUGACUACACGUUGACUCAGCUCAACGAAAUUCUAGAGGACGAAGAAAAACUUAGCAAAAUGGUGCUGGACGAGAUGCAGGAAGUCCAGCAAAGCAAAGAAACGACACAGGUGAACAACAGAACUCUGGCAGAAGACAACCUUGCCCUCCAACCUCGACUGGAGCUCAAGAAAGAGCAGCUGACCAAGAUAUACAGUCGUCUACAGGAGAGCUUUGAAGCCUAUCAGCUGCGCAAGUCCACCCUAGACCACAAAUCAGGAAACACAUCACUGGACAUUCUGUUGGCUUUACUGCAGGCGGAGGGAGCCAAAAUAGAAGAGGAAACUGAGAAUAUGGCUGAUUCUUUCCUGGAUGGUGACAUGACCCUGGAUGCCUUCAUUGAUUCCUACCAAAACCAGAGGAAGUUGGCCCACUUGAGGAGGGUGAAGAUCGAGAAGUUGCAGGAGAUAGUGCUGAAGGGCCCGCCGUCACAAUCUACCUCCCAUUCUCAGGAUAUGUCGGCCGCAGCCAGGCCCUCGUCCUCCCUCCUCCCCGAGGCCGGCAAUGACUUGUCUCCUAUGUUGCAGUCCAGGAGAAAGCCUCCACCGCCUCCAUCCCAGCCAGCCCCAAAACUGAACCCAGCUCCCGUCGCUCUCCCCCAGCCUUCGACCUUCUACGCCGUAUCACCUUACCCCCCAAUUCCUCCCAGAACAGGCCAACCCUACCCAAGUGCUACACCCGCCUAUCCCUUCUUAUCUCAGUACCCACCUGCUUUGCCACAGAGGCCCCCAUCUAGUGUGGCCCCGCAGCCUGGAUUCAUCAUUCAGUGAAUGAACAGUGUGUGCCAAGGACAAUUCGCCACUGGAACUCGCUCGAAGAACAAUCGUCUGUGGCGUUUACCAUCUUUGAGUCUUGAUCAAUCCCCCACACAGACCUGAGAUGUUUAGCUGAAGCCAAUGGGUAAUAACGUGAUAUUUGCAUAGCACUCACUCAACACUCCAAACUUUGAGAAUUUGGUCUCCAUUCACUCCCACCUGGCUGAGUGUCCACAGAAGAAUGGCCCAGUGGAGCCCACAGUGACACAAGCUGCUCAGCUCGUCCUCUUAUUAGCACUUUUUUUUUUGUUCUCCGCAGGCCUAUUAAUGUUUGGUCUCUCCUUUCCCUGCAGGCGUGUUCCUCAGCGUCUGUGGAAGCUCACACAUGUUCCAUGUGCGGCAGUCGAAUAUUACUGUUUUAUAUAUGCAAACAAAGAGACCAUAUUUACUGUGUUUUGUCAGAAUAUAUUCAUGGAAAAAGCACCUAUGCUGUGAUUUCUCCCCCCCCCGCCCCCCAAUACACAUGGUAUUUAGGGAAUACUAGGGGUGUAACGGUACGUUUAUUUGUAUUGAACCGUUUCGGUAUGGGGCUUCCGGUUAGGUUCGGAGGUGUACCGAACGAGUUUCCACACGGACAUAUUAAGUAAACAAUGCACACCGAGGCACAACACACGGCAUGCUAGCAGCUAACGAGCUACGAUAGACUGACCAUACGUCCUCUUUUCACCGGACAUGUCCUCUUUUGCGGAGCUGUCAGGGCGGAGUUUCUUUAAAUGCCUCAAAUGAGGCAUUUUGAGUUAGGGUUGCGUGUAUUUUCAAUGUACGUCCAGGGUUAAGAAGGGGUUAAAAACAAAACAAAUUGUACGCGCAGCAGCAUUGGUGAGGGAGGGGCAGAGACAGAGAGAGCGAGAGAGUUAUGAUAAACGCGCAUGCGUCGCCAGGCUGUGCUUUUUAUCCAUAGAUUUAUCAGAUUUAAUGUUUUAUUAUCUAUAGCAGGGGUGUCAAAAGUGUGCCAUUUGCGGCCCACAGCUAAUGUUUUAAAGGCCCACGGCACAUUCUAAAAAUACUACCGUAUUUUUCGGAGUAUAAGUCGCUCCGGAGUAUAAGUCGCACCGGCCGAAAAUGCAUAAUAAAGAAGGAAAAAAACAUAUACACUACCGUUCAAAAGUUUGGGGUCACCCAAACAAUUUUGUGGAAUAGCCUUCAUUUCUAAGAACAAGAAUAGACUGUCGCGUUUCAGAUGAAAGUUCUCUUUUUCUGGCCAUUUUGAGCGUUUAAUUGACCCCACAAAUGUGAUGCUCCAGAAACUCAAUCUGCUCAAAGGAAGGUCAGUUUUGUAGCUUCUGUAACGAGCUAAACUGUUUUCAGAUGUGUGAGCAUGAUUGCACAAAGGUUUUCUAAUCAUCAAUUAGCCUUCUGAGCCAAUGAGCAAACACAUUGUACCAUUAGAACACUGGAGUGAUAGUUGCUGGAAAUGGGCCUCUAUACACCUAUGUAGAUAUUGCACCAAAAACCAGACAUUUGCAGCUAGAAUAGUCAUUUACCACAUUAGCAAUGUAUAGAGUGUAUUUCUUUAAAGUUAAGACUAGUUUAAAGUUAUCUUCAUUGAAAAAUAAGGACAUUUUAUUGUGACCCCAAACUUUUGAACGGUAGUGUAAGUCGCACUGGAGUAUAAGUCGCAUUUUUGGCUUAAAUUUAUUUGAUAAAAGCCAACACCAAGAAUAGACAUUUGAAAGGCAAUUUAAAAUAAAUAAAGAAUAGUGAACAACAGGCUGAAUAAGUGUACGUUAUAUGAGGCAUAAAUAACCAACUGAGAACGUGCCUGGUAUGUUAACGUAACAUAUUAUGGUAAGAGUCAUUCAAAGAACUAUAACAUAUAGAACAUGCUAUACGUUUACCAAACAAUCUGUCACUCCUAAUCGCUAAAUCCCAUGAAAUCUUAUACGUCUAGUCUCUUACGUGAAUGAGCUAAAUAAUAUUAUUUGAUAUUUUAUGGUAAUGUGUUAAUAAUUUCACACAUAAGUCGCUCCUGAGUAUAAGGCGCACCCCCGGCCAAACUAUGAAAAAAAACUGCGACUUAUAGUCCGAAAAAUACGGUAUUUAAAAUAAACAAAAACAUAACAAAAGUGAAAUAAAAAAGCUUAAAGGUCUGAAAAAGUUGCAAUGUUGACUACUAAAACAAAGCUGGGUUUUUUUUCUUUCAAACUGUCAUUGCUCAAAACAUAUUGAAUCAAAAUUAAUGUUAUUAUGAAUUAUUGACCUAGCCAAGGUUCCCAUUACUUCACAUCAAAUAUUCCACUAAGAAAAAUAUUUUUGGUGGAAGAUUUUGCAAAUUUGGUAAAUAAAUAACCCCAAAAUGUAUAUUUUGUUGUUUUCUUACUGUACCGAAAAUGAACCGAACCGUGACCUCUAAACCGAGGUACGUACCGAACCUACAUUUUUGUGUACCGUUACAUACACCCCUAGGAAAUACAUUUUUUUUUUUUUUUUUU